GUUGUUUCCUAACCGAGGCUUGUUCAGCAGUCGGUUCGGUAAGCCGGAAAAUUUCAAAUUUUCGCGCCAGCAAAAUUUACGCGAAUAGUGAAAAAUUGCCGGAAGUUGGUCACGACACCAGCGACACUUUCAAACGAAAUUUUUAACGCUAAUAGAGGGUCCUGCGAUCAGAUCAGACCUCGAGAACGUUGGAAUUGACCGCCAGCUAUAAAAAAUCAGGGGCCCAUCGUGGAUCGAGAUUUAGUCGAUAGAUGACAUUCAGCUGUGCCGGAAGCGGCGACGACGGCCGGAAAGCAACACGGCCACAUGGCAACACUGCAGCACGCAAAUUUAUGGCAAGACGGAUGCACUUGUCGAAAACCAAGACCUCCAAAAAUUGGAGAUAUACCAAGGCAUUCUGCUCUUGACGUAGACUUAAAACCAAAAGACAAUGACAAGUCCAAGCGCAGCGCGUACCAAAUCCCACCAGCUUCGCCAAUCUUACCGCCGAAAAUCCCGCUCGACCCGCUACGACAGAACGCGACAGUAGAUCUUCCUAGAACGGUACCGCCAACAGAAUGCGACGUCAGUCGAUUACUUGCCGAAACGACCCAAUCGCUGCGCACUUCGCUGACCUCAGAGGGAGGUCCGAAGGUACCCGAAUGCGCUCGCACCAUUUCCGAGCAUCAUUUUUCCCGUCCUACGUUGAAGAAAACAAGAUCUGUGAUAGAAAACUAUGUGCCUUCCCCAACCUGCUUAUCCGAGGAUGUUUCCAAAAUGCAAGUUAAAGGAAUCAGCACAAGCAAGCUUUUUGUACAGUCCAAAUCUUUAGGGGGUCCGGAGCCAUCUACCGGCCGACCAAUUUUUCCAAACUACCCCUACAGCCCCUACUGCAGUCCCACGCACUCCCCGCGCAGCAAUCGAAAGCGACAGCCCCUGAGGGAAUCCCGCAGAGUUUCGAUAGAAAAACUGGGCCACUACUUGCAGCUCAAUCAAUAUAAAUUGUUGGAUUCGAUUGGACAGGGUUCCUAUGGAGUGGUGAAAUUGGCCUAUAAUCAAGAGGACAAUACACAUUAUGCAAUGAAGAUAUUAUCAAAGAAGAAACUGUUUAAAAAAUCAGGAAUGUUUGGCAGAAUGCCACCAAAAAAAGAUGGACGAUCAAACUCAUCUCCAGUUAAUCAUCCCCUAGAAAAAGUCUAUAGAGAAAUUGCAAUUUUGAAGAAAUUGAACCAUCCAAAUAUUGUUAAAUUAGUGGAAGUUCUAGAUGAUCCGGACGAGGAUCAUUUAUAUCUUGCCUUCGAACUUCUUGAUAGAGGUCAAGUGCUCGAAGUUCCCACAGAUCAACCUCUGGAUGAAGAAAAGGCCUGGAACUAUUUUAGAGAUGUUGUGCUAGGAAUUGAGUACUUACAUUUCCAAAGAAUAAUCCACCGUGACAUCAAACCUGCAAAUCUUCUUUUAAAUGAUCAAGAUCGAGUGCAGAUAACCGACUUCGGAGUAUGUAAUGAAUUUCACGGAAGUGACGCGUUUCUGUCCAAUUCUGCUGGAACGCCUGCCUUUACGCCUCCGGAAGCUCUUGGAGAGGAACGAUCUUCAGGAUUUAGUGGAAAGUGCACAGAUAUAUGGGCUAUGGGUGUUACUCUAUACGCUUUUGUAUAUGGACAUGUGCCUUUCCACGAUGACAAUAUUAUAGGUCUCUAUAGUAAGAUCCGUCAUCAGCAAGUAGAUUUUUCUCCAAACCCACCAAUAUCCUGUGAUUUAAAGGAGUUAAUCACACGGAUGUUGGAAAAAGAUCCUUCGAAAAGAAUAACAUUACCGGAAAUUAAGGACCAUCCUUGGGUAACCAAAAACGGGCUUCAACCUCUUCCAUCGGAAGAAGAGAACUGCCAGUUGGUAGAAGUUACUGAAGAGGAUGUAGCAAAAGUCAUCACUUCAAUACCCAAAUUGGACACGCUCAUACUUAUUAAGCAUAUGCUUAAGAAACAUUCAUUCCAGAAUCCCUUCUUACAUCGCCGGGAUACAACAUUGGGUACGGCCGAAAGCAGAAAUACUACUACAGAAGGAGCAACCAAAAAGCAUAUAGGACGUUCAGGACGCUCAAAUUCGGCACCCGACUCCUAUACCUGGGCACAAAGUAGACAAAAAUCUAUCGAUACAAAUCUCGAAGCAGUUAAAGAAAUUAAUGUUGACCCUAACGGCGAAGAUAAUAGUUCCAAUUCAAAAAGAACAAGUAGAAGCCGGCCAGCCGUCAGGCAACAUCCUGAUCAAUGUAAAAGGAAACCUGACACUGUGAACCUACCUUGCACAAACGAAUUAGUAACAGCUAAAAAUGAUUUAGGAAUCACAGAAACUAUUAUAAAAGUUAACGACACUUCUCGAUUACCAUUUGAGUUAAGUAGUAAAAUACAAAAUAUUGUAAAACAUCAAACACAAUCAAAAGUUUCUAAAAAUUGUGAUCAAAAUAUGCACGAUCAAGCGAUUGGAAUUGAAGAAAGAUGAUAAAACUACAAAUAGUGAUAUCUCCUUUAUUUCCAAAUUGUUUUAUUAAUUUUAGCUCCAGUGAAAACAUUUGUUUUUCAUUGAAGAGAAAAAAAUUACAGAAUCAAUUAAUUUAAUCAUUUUAAGUAAUGAACAUGAAUUACAUCAAUUUACAAGUGAUGAAAUAUACCAUCAGUGAUCGGGUAUUUUUAUAAUCAAAGAACCCCGCCAAAAAAAAACAAGUGCGGCGUAAUUCGUUGACCUUGACUUUUUAGGGGGAUUGUGUACCUUUUUGGGAGUAGUAAGCCCGUGGUUACAUUGGAUGCGCGUCCGUGCGUUGUUUUGGUUGUACGUACACGGACGUGCACGCAGCAAAAAACAAACAAAUGCUAUCUACGCAGGCGCACUGUGGUCAAUUUUGUCAAAUUAGCCGGAAAAAAAUAUUAGUGAAAAUUACUUAACUUUGAUUAAUAACUAUAUCCGAUUUUAUAUGUUAGGUAUCAUAAAAUUACAUUAAUAAUAUAGUUAAUAAGAACAGGUCGUAUACAGGGUGUAUAAUAAUUAAAAAAUUGGAAAAGUUUCCUUAUUUUUUAUUUUAAAUAGAUUUUGGUCGCGAUCAUUUGCAUGUGUUAGAUAUUUAAAAAUAACCAUUUUAUAAGAAUAAUACUAUGGAUCUUACAGAUUUUGCUAACAGUUGCUUUUAAAAAGUCAACAACCUCCAAGCGUUUAAUAUGGGCAAUACGUCCUAAAAAUGGCCUAACAGACGGACUAGGACGGUAAAUUUGUAGGUUUGGUAAAGUUGUCUAAUGGUUUAACUAUCAACUUAACUUUAUUUAAAACUGAAACCUCAUAAGACUUUUUUCUGCUAGUUCAUUAAAAAAAUGUAUAUUCUAAUAAUUUAAAAAAAAAUCUAACCAUAUCAAAAUUAUUUACUCAUAUUUAAUAUUCAACAGAAGAACAUUAAUGUCAAAAAAC